UGGCAACACUGGAUGCGACAGUUGUCUGCAAAUUGGAAUCGGCAUUUCGGUGUUUUUGAUUUGUUUGUCAUUAGUUCACAGUUCUUAUAAAUACCCAGAAAAUAUAUUGAGUGUUAAGAUAUUAUGGAAGAAUUUGUGGAAGUCAACCAAAUAUCGGAUUUCAUUUCGUAUUUACGUAGCAUUGAAUGGCGUGACCCGUGGCUCAUUGCAUUGUUAUCGUUUCAUAUCAUAGUAACAUUCACAUGUUUCUCGACUAGAAACUACGGAAACUUUCAAGUUAUACUAUUUAUGAUAUUGUUGCUGUUGGUAUAUUUUUCGGAGAGCAUAAACGAAGUUGCGGCCAGAAAUUGGGCAUUAUUUUCAAGACAACAGUAUUUCGACAGUAAAGGAUUGUUCAUUUCAGUGGUGUUUUCGAUUCCAAUCCUAUUGAACUGUAUGAUAAUGGUGGGAUCAUGGCUGUACCAAUCGACUCAAAUAAUGACAAACCUGAAGAAGGCACAGCUGCGACAACGUUUGAAAGAGUUGAACAUGAGCAAAGAGCUGCAACAGCACGCGAAGUCGGAGUAAGCGUAACGUAUAAAACUCGAUUUGUAUAUGUGACAGAGGUAUAAAUAUUUUUGCUAAAAUUGUGACGGAAACUGUUGAAGCUAUUUCGGUGGUUGACGCGCCUGUGUCAUGAAUGUGAAAAAUAUUAUGAUGUGUAAAAAGGCGUCCGCUGAAUAAACAUAGUUGAUAGUGAUAGCAGAUAGGCGUUCUGGCACCAAAGUGGUGGCGUUCACGUUGUACGAUGCGGCGAUAUUGUUGAUUUGACAUUUGACGCAACAUCGAUUUAUUGUAAGGUCGUGGUCAGGUGUGCGCUAUGGAAACUAGUUUAGCACCGUAGAUAUGUAGUUUCACAAUACGCGAGAUACCGUUUCGGGACAUGGUUGAUAAGCCAUUGUUAGUAUAACGCCUGUGCAAUGAGCGUCGACAGGCUGUUACACAUUCUCGUUGUGGUUUUAAUAAACGACCUGAAUUUAUGACAUUUGAAAAUUAUAAUCCCCGUAGUGUUUUGAUUUAGUAAAUGAUGAGUACUUAAUAGGAAACAUUUGGGAACCGAGUUAAAUAUCUUAUUCUUAGCUAUUUUUAAAAAAAGUAUCCGACCGUCUGUUUAUUUUUUGCAUUAGUAACAAAGUCAUAAAGUGAGUAAAAUUACGUCAUUGAGCAAUUAACUCAUAUAACGCAUUUUGUUUUUUCUGAUGCAAAAAAUAUAUUUACAUUUUGGCCAUUGUUAUCGAUGUAUCCGCUCUCCCACACUAAUUAGGCGGAAUCUCUAACUUGUAAAUAACUUUAGACAUAAAAUAUAUAUUUAAUUUAUGUAAAGUGUAUGUCCCAAAAUUAAAGAAAUCAUAAUAAUUUAAUUAUAUUUUUGUUCCAUUAUCAAAACGUUAAAAUAUUAUCGUCUAUAAAACCAAAUCAAAUAACGGCUCAAGUGACGUUUUGGUAUAUUUAAAACGUUUUUUUUUUUAAAUAGCAAUGUUACAUAAAAGAGUUAUUUUAUUCAGUCCAUUAAUCGCCCACUUAAGGAUAAUUAUCCAUAAUCGUAUUGUAUUCUUGCCAUCACACAAAAUCACAUAUUCUACAGAAUGACUUGCGUAAUAGUGAUUACAUGCUGUAAAACUGUUGAGUAAUGGAGUCUAUUAAUAAUGCAUGCACGCAAUCACUUAUCGUAGACCUGAUCGCUUUGAACUGAUUGAUGGCCGAUAUUUAACAUAUUAGGAAUUUAAAUGAUAAUGAAAUUAAUCAAAUAAAAAUUAUUCCAUUCGAAACGAAAUAUUCCAAAUUUGUAUUAGAGAAUUGUUGCGUACAAACGCUAUUGGGGCUUAAAGUCCAAACUCCGAUUACGUUGUAGUAAUUUUUAAUAUGUUGAAUUCCGAUUUUCGACCACCUGUUUUUUUUUUUUUUUCAUUUUAAAAUAUGUGGUACACGUACGGAAGCAUAUUGUUUUAUUCUAAAUCAUUUUGAAGUUAUAUAUACAAAAAUUAGAAGUUUCGAGAAUGCUUUAGACGGCAUUACAUGAUUAAUUAUUAAUAAGUUUAAAUGAAGCAUUGCGUAGUCAGGUUUGCGCCAUUUUUAAAUUAACCAUGCAAAUCAAAAUCUAUUUAUAUGUUGUGCAUUAUAUAUUAGCUGUCUAUCAAAUUAGUGUAGUUCGUUUUUAAAUUAUUUCAAUAAGAAUACGAUGGCCGGUACUUAUUCAUAUUCCCUGCUAUUAUAAUAGAUAUGGGCUUUCACUGUUUUAAUGACAAUAGAGUGUACAAUCGGCCUAACUAUGAAUUAUCACUUCAUUUUAUUAUUUCGCUUUAUAUGUUUAAAAUUCGAUGUAUUGGUGUUAUAUUGAAAAAUAUGUAAAAGUAUAUUCCAAUGGGAAAUAUAGUGCAUUUUAUAUUUGUGUACUUAAGUUUUAACUUACAAUAGUAUAUUACGAAUUCAAUGUUUUAUAAAUGUGCUAAUUAUCUAAAGUUUAAACCUGUCUUGAUUGUAAACUUUAUGUCUGAGAUUUCUAUGCGCAGUUAACGGUAAUUUUUUCAGGUUAUAACUAAAUGCAAAAAUGUAUUUCGCGUGAGAUUUGACUAACGUAUCGAAUGCACGCGAUCUCAAUUUUUAUUUCUAGAAUAGUGUCGGUUUGAUGGUUAUUUCUCAGAUCAUUGACCCGCAUGUACAUAUAGUUAUUGUUGUAUCUCACUUAAAGCCGGUUUCAAUAAACGAUGCUAAUCUCAAUCUUCAAUCCGAUUUUGAUAAUUAACCAAUCAAAAUAAGACAUUCGUAAGCAUGUCAAAAAUACUUUGUUCUGAUUGGUCCAUUUUUACGAUAUAUUGAAAAAAUCAAUUGAGAUCAUUUUUUGAAAAUGGCCCUUACACGAUUUUAAUUCACAACACUUACCAUAUGUAUAUUUAUGUAUAAAUGGAUCUUUAUCAAAUAUUAUUUACAUUAUGCUAUUUUAAUAUGUUCAUUUAUUGGAGUAUUUCAAUUUUCGUUACGGCAAAAGACCGUUAUGCCGAUUUAACUGCGUUUGCGUUUUUAAUACUCUGUGUAACUAUUAUUUUAUUCAACGUGAAACAUUUUUGUUCUAUAAGUCCUUUUAACAGUGCACUUAUUCGUAUUGUUAUUGCAUUUCCCGUUUGUAACCUAUGUGAUAUUUAUGUUAAUUGUUGCCAUUUUAUGUAAGUGUGAUAUGAGAAAAUAUAUAUUCGGGAUGUGUGAUAUGGAUUGUUUUUCAUUGGCGUAGUUCAAACUCUGUUCGUAUUUAUUUGGUCAUAACAUGUUAUUAACAGAAGAGGUGAAAUUAUAUUCAUAUUUAUAACUAGCAGUGGCGAAAGGUCUAUAUAAUCCGAUUCUUGGGGCCUUAUUCUCUAACACAAUGUAAACUCGUAACACGGCCGUGUUGCAGUAUCUUCGAAGAAUAAGCAUAGAAGGGUAUUCUAUAUUUCAAUUUCUAUUGUCAUAAACGCGACGCGGUGCGUUACGUGUUUGUUACGCAUGGUCAAAGUAUCGUGCGGAAUAGAGAAUAAGGACCCUGAUGGCUUCCCUUUCAUAAUUUUUGUAAAUAUAAUUAUCAUUAGAACGCUAUGCAGCAUGCAUUUAUGCCUAUUAUUGGUAUCUAUAUGUUGUGUAGGGCUCCAUGUCAGAAAAUGUCACCCUUCGCCACUGAUAACAAGAUAAGCUAAUCAGCGCCGGCCCCUAGCCCUUUAUCAGGGUAGAGCGGGAUUGUUUUGUCGCUUUGGUUUUCAUUUUCUCAUCAAAUAAAUAGUAUUUCAGUAAAUGUGAAAUAGAUAAUAUAAAGUAUAUUUUUUAGUAAUUUUUCGUAUUUAGUAUUUUGGCGCCCGUUGACACUCUAGCGCCUAAAGCGAAAGUUCAUCUCGCUCUACCCCAGGGACAGCGUUGUUUUACUGUCAAUGUCGUGGAUUCACUCUUAUUGUUUGUACGAAUACUGUUAGGGCGACUCCAAAUUAACCGCGCGGCUGCAGCGCGGCGGUCACACGUUAUAGUAAAUCCAUAUAAACAAAAACGCGCAAUUGCCGCAUUGACGUGGCGCUGCUAGCCCGCGACACUUGACGGCAAAUUAAAGUCGCUCUUAGUUCUUUUAUUUAAGCAUGGUUUAUAUUGUGACAAUUCUUAUGGACAAUUAAUUUGAAGACGCCCUAAGAUAGGCUUCCUGGAUACUCCUUAUAUCGUAUUGCUCAGCUGCGAAAUAUCUGCAGGGUAGAUGGAACGCAGAAAGAUGGCGUCGAACAUUAGCACUACAGUGCCAAGUCACUGUGUAGUACUACUGCAAUCGAUUUAAUCUUAAUGGGACUUGUUCGCAGUUCUUAUUUACAAGAGACGUGCAGGUCGUUUGAACAUAUAGUAACGGCCGUAUACAAUAAAAUAUCUCAAUCUUAAUCUUCGGUCAAAGCCAAUCAAAAUUUUUCAGCUAAUACUUUGCUGUGAUUGGUCCGAUCUUACGAUGGUUUGAAAAGAGUUUGGGAUCGUUUAUUGAGUACGGCUGGAAAUCUAGUAAACCGGCGAUAAUAAGAACAGAGUGUAGAUCAAAAUAAAUCUUCGCUUUGAUAGAGCAGUGCUUCAUCGGAGUUUACAAUUCUGCACGUAUUAAAUUUUGUGUGAAUUUAGUUACCGCCUCUGCGCCCUUAUUCUGUAUGAUAGUGUAAACGCGUAACGCGGCCGUGUCAUGUUAUCUUCGAGAAAUGUACGUGGAAUGGUACUCUGUAAGCCAAAUUUCUAUAGUCCUAAACAUGACGCGUUGUGUUACGUGCUUGUUACGCACUGUUUAAAUAACGUGCGGGAUUGGGAAUAAGGCCCCUGAUCGCAUAGUUGGGUACAGAGUUAUUUCUGAUUAAAGUAAAUGUACAUUUAUUAACGUGUAGUAGUAAUAAAUGGUAUUUAUGUUAUGCACAUUAAUUUGGAUAAUUUGUGUAUUAUGUGUCUAUAUUAUAACCAAUUAUAAAAUACACGGAAAUCUAUGUUGAUUCCAAACUAAAACAUGAAACGUUGUGUUUUAGGUUAUAGAUUCUUAAACGUUAGUUUUCUGAUACCAAGAGUGCCAUUAAGGAGUUAUUGGUUUAAUUAGUUUACAUAAUAUGCAAUAGGUACGUGAACGUUUGUGAUAUAGUGAAUUUAGACCGUAGCUAGAAUAAUAAAACGGGAAUACGAUUAGUAAGGACGCCUUAAUAAAUAUAAAUAAAUAUGUUCAGAGUCGCUAGCAUAAGUAAGCCUCGGGACACAUUAUAAUAAUUGGACCGAAAAAUCGGGAUCCUUACUUUGCUAGCUUUUGCUCGUGACUCCAUCUACGUGAAAUAGUUUUCCGGGAUAAAAGUCCCGCAUUAUAUUUGGCCGGAAUAAAAUGAAGCCUAUUUUAAGUUAGAGCUCCAGCAAAACAUCGGUGAAAACUGCAUACAAUUUCAUGCUGUAGUUUUUGCGUGAUGCGUGUACAUAGUACAAGCAUACAGCCAAACAAAAAAUCUGUACUGUUUUGGCUCCUGUUGCUCUAAUUAAGACCCUCUCUAUUAGUUUUUCUUCAGUAUCUUUAAUGGAUAGACGGUCAGCCUGCUACAAUUUUAUUAUAUGUAGUGAUGAAGAUGCCCAACAUGGAGUGCUGUCACCAGGAACGCACUGCCUCCAUCCCUGUAACUAUGGCACUGGUUUUUAUAAUUACUUCUAUUCUAGCUACGGUCAUGUGAAUGGUGCAAUAUUUAAUUUUCCUAGAAAUUGGCUGGGUUUUCAGUUAAUAUGUGAAAAUGAUGAAGUUUGUGCAAUAUAGUGGUUGUUAUCGGUUACUUGCCGAUUAAACAAAAAAUUCGAAUGCUUAGAUAUAACAGCGGCAAACUAUCGGGCGAUGUGUGGCACAUACUCUGGAGUUGCAAAUAUUGAUAGUAGAUUUUGUUGCCCCCUGGCACCAAUACUAUAGAUUAGGAUUCUCCAUCUUAAUUCACACUUGUCACACAUAGAGCAGACGCGCUUUCAAUGCAAUCAAUUACGGAUUUUAAAUCAUUCGUAUAUAGAUUCCAAUUUCAUUACACUUACAAAAACAUAUUUUUAGUUAUAAUUUGAGAGCUAAAAAGCAUAGUAAGACUAGUUUUGGAAAUAAGUAAAAUUGUGAACAUGUUGGACACGGUGUUUGUGGAUAUAGCGCCAGUUUAAAAACAAACGUUUCAAAUAUAAGUUGUAAUCAUGCCCGUCGCGCUGCUAUUGCGUCCAUAUCUUAUUGAUGUGCAACCUGUGCUUUAACCAUAGAUACGGAGAAUAGACUGAGCGUUAAUAUUCACCCGCCAGCAGUCAGUGGAUACGAGUCAGUGUGAGAGAGACGAAGCAAUAAUACGGGCCGUGGCAUAGACAAUAUUUAAAGACCUGAACAAAAGUGUUAUUGGCCGCAUAAUAACUUUUUCUCUUUCUACAGAAUGGUUACUUUUUCAUUGCUCAGUCUAUUAUUUAUGUCUAUGUGAACGUGAAUAUAAAUUAUGACGCAUCGCUUUAAUAUGACGUUCUUGACAGUAAUCCUGCCAAUAUGCAUGUUUCUUGGAUUGGAACAUUUAACUAUAAACAUGAAUCUAUUAAUAAAAUAAUAAGGUCAAACUAUCGCGUCUCUUUGUAUAACUUACUUAUAACUUGGAAGUGUCCCUUUGCCAUUUAUCUAAGGAUUGUUAAAAACUAAUGACGAUAAUAAUAGAGUUCGUUUAUUUUUACAAUAAACCCAUUGUACAUAUUCCCUUAGUCUAAAGGCUUUUAACAUAAUUUGUUUUAUAAAUAGCUUCCAAGCGGUACCAAAGAGGCCACAUAUAAAAUUGUCUAUGGUAUGAUCUGUCGAAAUGUCGUAUUACUCCGAGGCAAGUGUAGCAUCUAAGACCGUGUUGCCGUUGCGUAACAUAUCGAAGACUGAGUUGAGUAUAGCGUGAAAUGAGUCAUAAUAUUAAGUUUCAAUAACUUAUAGUUCUACCACGCAUAUUAGUUUCUAUAUAAUUGUAACGUUAGAAAGUAAUUGUACGAUUGUUCGUGGUAGGGUUAUAUUGAUUUUAAUUUACCAUUAGGCAGUCAAUAAUGCUUACAGCCUCUUACUAACACUUAAUAGAACGGUAUGAUAUACAUUUUAUUUUGUUUUAUAAAUGCUUAAAUAAAAGGAAUUGAUUCAUAA